AUGUCAAAGCAAGCGCCAUUACAGAGAGAGAGAGAGACUCUGAAACUCUCCUUCUCUCUCUACUCUCUCGCUCGUCUCCUUGGUCCCAUGGAGGCUGGCUUCACCAUCAGAGAGUACACGAGUAACGUUAGGAGUGUUGAUAUCAAGAAAUGCUGUCCCUUCACCGGGGAGUUUACUGGAGAUUUUAUUCAGUCGUUGCUUCCACCGUUAACCGUUGCCAAGUUCCGUUGGUGGUCUCAUGAGCUUACCUCGUUGCUAACGAAACCCAAACCAGCUUCCAAUGCAGAGUCUUGUCUCGGUAAGAAACGCUCCAUCGGUGAAACUACGACGAAUGAUAUUGUGUUGCAUAACAAGAAGAUUAAAACCAAGAAGCUAGAUGAUUCCCUCCAUGCCAAAACUGACAAUAAGGUUUAUAACUGCGAAGAACUGUUUCAAGAUUCUGCCAGAUCAGUGAGUCAAGAUUGUGGUUUUGAGUUUCAGAUUCCUAGAACUUUGAAGGUGGCUACUAAAAGGAAAGUUUGCUCGGUGAGGAGUACUGAUGCUUCUCAGUGCGAGAGUCAAGUCAGAGACUCUUUAAAACUCUGCUGCUCGCAAAUGAAUCGGCUAAGUCUAUCUUCUGCUGUGGAGGAUCAAUCACGUAAGGUUAUGUUAAACGUCCAUGCCAGUGACAAUAUGGUGUUUGAAUCCACGCAACGAAACAAGUUUCAGCCUGUUGUUUCAGAGAGAAGGUUGUUAAGUCAUGCUCGAGCAGAAUCUAGCCUGUCUUGUUUUCCUGGACCACAUCUCACACUGGAAAGAGUUAAAGAUGCAUUGGAUUUGGAGAGAAAGAGGCAUGUGUCUCAACCUAACCAAUCAUCUAACUCUGCUUCCUUGUCUCAACCUGCAUCAGUUGCUAUGCGUUCCAGGACAUUGCUAAACCAAUCACCUUUUGAUCCGUUUCUUGUGGAAGAGGCCAUCUCAGGGUUCCCUCUAAAUUUACAAGGUGAUUUAGUUGAAGCAAAUGGUUCAAAGGAUACUCUCUUUCCUAUGUUUUGUGAACCACCCCAAGUCGGAACAUACGUUGUUCCUGAUUCAGAAUUGCCUCCCACACUCCUGUAUCCGUGUGGCUCACUCGUGUCUUGUCCAUUGACUGAUAAGGAUCUCUACUUUCAUGAAUAUGGUUUAGGACAGCAACUAAACAGUGUCACAUUCAGCCAGAAACAACUACCUUUUCCAUAUAAUCCAGAGAUUGCUGGUCUGCCUUCAUAUUACAGCAAUGUCGGUGGUGUUGAUUGUCUCUUGCCUGAUGCUAGAGAACCAUCUUUCGGUUUGCCUUUUACUUCUACUACACAAUCACAGCUUCAUUUGCCACAAUUUGAGAGCUCUCGUUUGGAUAUGUCUUACAUCAAUCACGCUUAGCUCAACUAGUAGUGUUCUUGUAUGUGUUCACUUCCAAGUCAUCUUCUUACAUGUAACAUAAACGUUGGGAAAAGCUCUAUUAGUGUCUCGUUUGGAUAUGUAGUUAGGCUACUCUACAGUGAUGUUGAUUGUAUAUUGUUGGGGACUUUGAUGUAAAA